GAAAUAACACAACUCCGCUGUUCUCACUUGCCUUCACUCAAGGAUGGCAAACUUGGUAUUGACGCUUUAUUUUCAUUAUUUGUUUAUUUUAAGGCUUCUCCUUAAUGUCGAAUCAGUGGUCCAGACGCGUUUACCGAGAAUGACUUUCACACAGAACGAGCUGGCACUUGAAGAUGUGACUUUACCCGAGGAAAUCCUAGCGUUUCUUUAUCCGCAAAGAGAGCACAGCCCUCUCAUGGCUGUCGGAAAAAGACAUUUGAUCUCACUCAGCUUCCAGAAUCCUUUUAAGACUACAGUGGAAACAAAGUUGCUGUGGACUGAAUGCGCGGACACACAAGUGGCGCCCAACGGUUGCAACUACGACGUGGUCUUGGCCCAUGAAAGGAAGGACACCAGCCGUGUGUUUCUCUGCGGGACAGAUGGAGCCGAGACACUGUGCUGCGACAUGAAGCCAUAUGAGUUUCCGCUCAUCUGCUCGCCAACUGAUGACCUGAAAAACAUGCAAAGGAACAUUAGGGAUUUUAUCUUGAAGGAUGCUGAACAUUCAACACUUGUUGAAUCUGCGGAAAGUUCCUCACUGUUUGUAACAUACUCCGGCUCCCAGGAGUACGUGGGCGUCCACAAGUUUGGAAAGAAUAGAGUGGGACCAGCUAACCUUGAUAAAGAGCAGCAAUAUAUUGGUUUGGUGCCAAUCAGACGCAAGGAUGAACCUUUGCAGGACAAAGUGUACGCCUUCUACAAGGAGAGGAAUAAAGAUUUGAAUGUGUGCAGCAGUAUUUGGCUUCCAUACGUCUCGCAGUUCUGCAUGGUAGACAUUGGCGGGCCUAAGAACAACAUGCAGUUCACCUGGACCUCCCAGCUGAGCGCCAAACUCUUUUGUGGCGACCCAAAGGGGGAAAAAAGAUUCUCCGAGAUUGUGGAUAUAACCACUGUUCAUGCUGAACAAUGGCAGGAUACCCUUGUUUAUGCACUUUUCAGGAAUGAAUGGAACAUGAGCGCUGUGUGUAUGUACUCCAUGAAGGACAUCCAUGACAUCUUUAUGAACUCGACUUUCAAAGGUUCAGACCAUCAGAGGGGCCGGCCCAGGGUGUGUGUUCCAGACAGUACACGUCUAUCACUGGAAGUACUGAGAAUGACCCAGAUAAACUCUGAGAUGGAGCAGUGGGUGAAGCCUGUAAAGAAUUCAGAACCGCUUCUUGUCCGCCACCAUGUGUACACCCACAUCCGUGCCGAUGCUUCUUUCACAAAGGAACACACACUUCUAUUUUUGUCUAGAAAUUGCGGAGGGGUGGACAAAGUGGUGCUGAAAGAGAGCACAGCCUUAAUUGUCGCUGAAUACAGACCUUUCACCGAAAGAGCUCAUAUCGACGACCUCAUUCUCCACCCUUUCUCUAAGAAUCUCUACGUCAAAUCUGGCAAUCAACUGCUUCAAAUGAACGUGGCCAACUGUGCACUUUAUGGAGACACAUGCGAGCAGUGUGUGUUGGCACAAGAUCCUUACUGUGGGUGGGAUGGCGAGAGCUGCACCUCAAUAACCACUAGCAGUGGUGAGGUGGUUCAGGAUGUGAAAUCAGGAAAUUACCGAUUGUGCUCAUCCUCAUCUCAUGUUCACUCAAGUAAAGUGGUCAGUCACCCAAGCAUGCCUGAGGUGGCGUUAGCACUUCCUCACGGGUUCCAAUUCUACCUGCAUUGCCCUGUUGGGUCUCACCAUGCCAACUACAGCUGGCAUCACAAUGGCGGCGGACCAACGCCUUGCACCUGGAGCCCUCACGGGUGCUUGCUUUUAAUUGACAGUCAACAGGAUGAGGAGUACAUGUGCAUGUCAGAGGAAAAGGGCUAUCGCCGCGAGCUAGCUCGCUAUACUGUAAAAGUCACGGGUAGGGGAACGUUAGCAACAUGCCACACUGGAAUACUAUUUUGGCUAUGUGUGCUGGCUGCGCUCAUGUGCGCAGUAAUGUAAGAGAAAAGCAUCCGAUUGCAUUUUUGUCUUUGUGCUAUUUAUUAUAUUGAACGUCAAUUUACAAAGUGAUUAGCAAGGGUUAGUGAAUAUUGAACCACAAAUAUGUGUGCAAUUUGUUCCUAAAUUUCCAUUUGCCUUGUAAAAUGUUCCUGGGUCAUGUUCUUUUUUUUUUUUUUUUUUUUUAAUAGGGUGCCAUUUGGACACGAUUGUGCUUAAGUUAGCCCUCAGCAUAGCUUUGCUAGCAUAAUAGCUACCAUGACUUUGGAUGCUUCAUGAGAAAUCUAUCAUUUUACAAAUAAACCCUUUGAAAUGAUUCAGUAAUUUCUUUGAUAUAUAGCUUUAACCAGACCCGGCUGCAGAAAGAAAUUACAGGGGGGGCAUUACAUUUUUUGGGGGGGGCACACUUCUUCAAUGUAAAUUUAGCCGUAACAGUGGCGUUUUUACCCGUUAUAUUUUCUGAUGAUAGUGUCAGUCAGUGAAACUGCAGGAGGUGGCAGCGCUAUCCCUUCAUGUUGACUUUCGGCCGCGUCUUUGUCAUGGCUUGAGUUCGUCUUUAGUUUCUUGAAAAAAAAACACGGAUGUCCAUUCCAAUUUGAAUUAGCAACGGAGGAGCCGCUCAAUCGCCAUUUCUGUAACCGGAGCAAUCCCUAUCCAAUCGCAGUACACAAUAGCAGGUGUUGUGCCGAAAAAUAGCCGCCCCGCGUGAAAUGUCCCCCCUGACGGGAACGCUUAUUUAUAACGCUUUAUUGAGGUGAAAACAUCAAAUGUUUUCAUAGACUCGUUACAGUAAUGGAUUUACGACUGUAAAAUCACUUUUAAAUAAAUAAAUUAGACAAAAUACUAGUACUUUAUUUUACUAACAAAUCGUGGACUGGGCCACAUAACCAUCUUUGAACAGAAAUGUAUUAGUCUACAGGUUUUCACGACCAUAUCUCAAUGACAAUCACACAGUUAUGACAUUUAGUUCAAGCAGAGUAAAAUAAUACAUAUAUUCACGGUAUAAGAAAAUCGUUUCCAUGUCCAUCGAUUGGUAAGAAAAAGCUGUACGAGUGACGUGUGGGCGCUCAACAAUAAAAUAAAUAAACAAAUAAAUCAAAUAAACGCUCAAUAAAGCGUUAUAAAUAAGCGUUCUCGUCGGAGGGGGACAUUUCACGCGGGGCGGCUAUUUUUCGGCACAGCACCGGCUACUCGGCCCGCCCCCCUUAUCUGUGAUUGGCUAGAAAUUGCCUACAUUCGCUGCUGUGAUUGUGACGACAGAUCAAGAUAGGAUGACUAGAGCAGUGUUUUUCAACCUUUUCUGAGUCACGGGACGUUUUUACGUUGGAAAAAAUCUCGCGGCACACCACACCAAAAUGUUCCAAAAUUACUUUCUGUAUAGUAUAUUUAAUUAUAAAAUAAUUUCUAAGUAUUUAUACUUACUCAGUGUGAAACGUUUAGUAAUUAGGCUUGAAAAACUAUCAGACAGGGGACUUGAGCAAUGCAUUUAAGCACAUAAGGGCUGGUCGUCUCGCUGACAAUGGCUUUGCAGACAGGUAGUAUUAACGUCUCUGCCACAGUUUGGGACUUUUGGGAUUUAGCAACAAAGUAACUGGCUUUCAGGGCGUUCUUAUUUACCUUUGUAGUUUUACUCAGAAAAGUUGCCCAUUUCUCUGUGUUUUCACGAAGGCGUACAAAAUAAUCCAUCGACUUGUUCUGAAGCGACGGGGGUUCAUUUGGAGAUGAGUUUAAGCUUGUAUGGCGCCAUGGCGCUAGAUAGCCGCUCGUGUCGCGUUCAAGAACUGCUCGGAUUUCUAGGUAUCUCCGACCUAGCUGUCCUCGAUAAUGUGUUGGAAUAAAACAAAGAGGGAGGAUAAACGGUCGUCACAUAUGGAUAAAAUGGAAAGGACACUUUUGUAUAUAUCGACACUUGACGAGUCAAAUAAUGAACAGUAGAAGUGCUGGGGUCCACAUUGUUUCGGAGAGCAAGGUGGCUGACGGCUAGAAAUCCGAGCAGUUCUUGAACGCAACAUGACUCAUCUGCACACAACCGAGAACUUUUUCCACAUUCCUUCCUUCCUUCCUACUGCAACUUUGCCCGACGAUGUUAAAAAAAAGCGACAUUGGAUAAUUUCUCGCGGCGGCGGCACAAUCGAUUGAAAAACACUGGAAUAUAGGGUUCAUUCCCCCCGUGUGUGUGUGUUUUUGUGGAAGAUUUAAAAAAAAAAAAAAAAAUACACAGUACAGUUUAAUCGAGCUAGGGCAGGCACAGCCGUCCCUCAGGGCGGGCACGGCCCCCUAAUGCCCGCCCAUGCCGCCGGGUCUGGCUUUAACAGAGUGGACACGUUAUGAUCAACAACACUGAACGUAUUUCAUAAAACUGCAAAAUCUGAUUUUUAAAGGAGAAAAAAAAUCAAAUUGCUUACCACAGUUGAAUUUCCCGUCACUGUGUGAUGUGAUGUCAUCGCAAAAGAGUGAUGUCAUUGAUAAAUGGGGAAUUUUCUUAAAGGGAUGCGAACACAACAGAGUGGAAAGUGACACUGGGGAAGAACAGAUUUAAAAAAAAAUUAAUUAAACAAUAUUUUUUAACUUAUAUAAGUUAAUUUAUAAACUGAAUGUGAAUGAAACACACUGGGGGCUUAGCCAAAUUCUAUAACAACCUUUUACCAGAAGUAAAUUAUUAUUAUUUUUUUUUAAAUUGAAUUUAGGAGCCUGCACCCUUGAAUUUAUAAUUGACGGCAAUUGAAAAUAAAGAGAUAAGUUGAAUGAGUAUUUGUCCAACUGUAAUGAAAAUUCAGCUUAAUUUACUAACUGAGGACACAAAUGGCACCUAUAAAAAAUGACCCUCCCAAUGCAAUGUAAUUCGAGAUUUUGUCUUAUAUUUUUAUAAAGAUGAUAUUGUUUUAUCACAGUCACACAAUAUAUGUACAUUUUGUCAUGUAUUUGUUGAUAUUGUUGUUCUAAUUUAACUAUUUAAAGCAUCUUUUUGGCAAAUUUCUGUUGUCCAAAGUAUUUUAUGUUUGUGUACGUUCAUGUUUGAAUUUGUUAUAUCUGUUGUUUGAUACAUCAGAGAAAUGAGACUGUGGUAUUUUCUGUCUUCGCAAAAGUGUAAAGUUACUGAUGAAUUAUGAGGUUAUGUUUAGGCAUCCUAGGUAUAUUCUUAAUUAUGACUUCUGCACGUCACUGUAUUAUUUUUCUUAAAUUUGUCUUAAAUAUCCAAUUUAAAAAACAAUAUGCUGUAAUUUUCGGAUUAUAAGCCGCUACUUUUUUCCUUCAUUUUGAAUGUGGCUUAUAGUCCAGUGCGGUUUAUUUGUUGAUUUGUUUGGGUGAAUAGGUAACACUUCAUUUGAAGGCGGCGUCAUAAGACUGUCAUUAAACGGUCAUAAUUAUGACUCGACACCAUCAUGGUCAUUGUCAUCCGGCUAAUUAUGUCACUAACUCAAUUUUCAACUUGGAUCUUUUACAUAAAGUGAUUUAAUUUGUUGGAUAACACUAAAUCACAUCUGUUGUAAGCAUUCAUUAAUGCUCAUGACAGUGUUAUGUCAUAGUUAUUAUUGUCUAAUGACAGUCUUAUGGCACCACUGUCAACAAAAGUGUUACUAAAUACCAUAAUUCUCAAUUAAUGAAACAACUACAAGAGUAACUGAAGAAAUAAUUGGCACAUACCAUAAAUUUUGAUUGUUACUUACAUCUGUAGCGUUGCAAUGCAUGCUAGGAGGCAUUUUGGACAACAACGGUGUUGACAGCAGGUGGCGGCAGAGGUUAACUGUCUCCCCCGAGGGAGCAGUGAUGGCCAAAUGAAGCUUCUUGAAGCAAUGAAGCUUUGAACCAAUUGGCCGCAAAUGGUAGUUCAUUUGGUCUCAUGAAAGUCUUAUGAUCCCACUGUCAAAUAAAGUGUUAUCGGUUAAUAUCGUUUGGUAUGAAUAUCCCAUAAUACAGCGAGGAUAGCUGCAGCUUAUAGUCCAGUGAGGUUUAUCUGUGAACAAAUUUUUGUGCCAAAUUUGGUGGGUGGCGGCUUAUAGUCUGGUGCGCCUUAUCGUGCAUAAAUUGCGGUACAUAUUUUAAUGUGUCAAUCCUAUGUCUGUUUUUUUUUUAAUUUAUUUUUAAUUUGUCUAUCUUAUGUGUGUGUCCAAAAUAAAUAUUUAUUUCAACUA